AUGUAUUCCUCAGAGAUGACAGAAAGUGGCACAACAUACACAGAAACACAAUUGCUCAGCAACCUCAACAUCAAAGAACACAAACGGUGGUUUCGUGUAUCCUUGUACACAAUCUUUCUUCUUACAGGCCAAUCUGCAUCCACUCUUUUGGGAAGGUUAUACUAUGACAAAGGUGGUAAUAGCAAAUGGAUGGUAACAUUUGUUCAAUCAGCUGGAUUCCCUAUACUACUACCAUUUCUUUAUUACUUCCCACCACAUGAAAAAUUUAAUAAUAUUACCAUCAAUGAUUCCUCAAAGACCAAACCAAAAUUUCCCACCUUAGUUUCCCUCUACAUAGCUUUUGGCUUACUUAUGACAGGGAAUGACUUAAUGAAUUCCUAUGGACUUCUAUAUCUCCCUCUUUCAACUUAUUCUCUAUUAUAUGCAACUGAAUUAGCCUUCAAUGCAUUAUUCUCUUUUUUCUUGAAUUCCCAAAAGUUGACAGCAUUUAUAUUCAAUUCUAUUGUCCUCCUUACCACUUCAGUUGCCCUGCUUGCAGUCAAUGCUGAUUCUGAUAAGUCAAAAGGUCUUUUCAGAGAAAAGCAUAUAAUUGGAUUCUUAUGCACCCUUGGUGCAUCUGCUACAUUUUCUUUAUAUCUCUCUCUUGUUCAGCUUUCUUUUGAGAAAGUUGUAAAGAAAAAAACCUUUUCUGCUGUCUUGGACAUGCAAUUGUACCCUUCCUUUAUUGCUACCUGUGCUUGUGUUGUGGGGUUGUUUGCAAGUGGAGAAUGGAAAACUUUGGAAAAGGAGAUGAAGGAAUAUGAAAAGGGAAGGGUGUCAUAUGUAAUGACUCUGCUUUGGACUGCUGUGACAUGGCAAAUAACCUCCAUUGGUAUGUUGGGGUUAAUUUUUGAGGUAUCUUCAUUAUUCUCUAUUGUGAUAAGUACCUUGGAAUUGCCUAUAGUUCCUAUCAUUGCCGUUAUGUUCUUUAAUGACAAGAUCAAUGGGGUGAAGGUUAUAGCGUUGCUGUUAGCAAUAUGGGGCUUUUUGUCAUAUAUGUAUCAACAUUAUCUUGAUGAGAAAAAAGCCAAGGCAGAUAAAAAAAGUGAUAGCCUUGAGGUUUCAAGGGGUGAGGGAGAAAUUUGUUGA